AUGCACACAUCAAAAUCAGCCUCCAUUAAUCUAUCAUUCAAUAGCUCGGCCCGCUCCUCCUUGUUACCUUGCAGCACCAGAACGUUCACGUCCGGCGUCCACUUGGCAAACUCUCUUCUCCAGUUGUCCAACGUCGAUUUCGGAACAACCACGAUGAACGGUCCAUCGAUUCCCUUUCAGUUUUUACCAAUGAGACAGCCAUCGGGGGAGCAGUUGGCUUUUCACCACGCGGUGUUCACAGAAACAAGCCGUAUACCCUUUGGGCACGCCACAUCGUAUGGCCAGAUUGCUAGGCGAAUUUACCGGCCCCAGAAUGCCAGACAGGUCGGCAUGUCGCUCAAGAACAUGGACACCUACACGCGUUUUUUCGAUGAUCCCGAGUUUGCCAAUCUUCCCUGGUGGAGGGUGGUCAAUUCUCAGGGCGUGAUAUCCAAGCGAGAACGCGCAGAAUCGGUGGUUACGCAGGCCGAGCUGCUCCAGCGGGAAGGAGUUGAAGUCCACCAAAGAGGUGGUGAAUAUUUCAUAGACCUGAACCAGUACGGCUGGUUCGAGGAUCCGAGCGAUACUGAGGACGGGAGCGAGGAGGACGAUUAA